GGGGCCGGCGGGCAGGCGGGCACCCACCUCGCCGCCCAGGCGCUGGGGCUCCCGGAAGCGGAAGGGGAGCGCGGCCCGGCCUGGGCGGCGGCACCGAGGAGGAGGCGGCGGACGAAGCGCAGUGAAGAGCCACUGGUAGCAGCGAGAGCAGUGGCGGCGCGAGGGACCCGCGGCGCCGAUUCUCGUGAAGAACUGCUAUUGAGGAGAGAUCCAUUUGCUGGGAUUUAAUUAAAAAAAAAAAAUGAAUCAAGACACAACCUCUAAAUGCAAGUACCAGAGAAAUUGCCACACAUCUCAGUGAAUUCGCAAAUGCCACGCCUGGUGGAUAUUAAUGAGUGAGCGACCCUGCCGUUCUCCCAGUUAUGUCUCUGGUUGUAAUCUGAUUUGGUGCUCCGGAGGACUACUGUUCUUGUCUGCCAUCCACUUGUAAGGAUAUAUGCUACUGAUUUUUACAUUCAGGAUUUCCUUUGUGGAUUGGUAGGCAGUUCCAAGACUGCAAAAUGGGUCUUCGGAUUCACUUUGUUGUUGACCCACAUGGUUGGUGCUGCAUGGGUUUGAUUGUCUUUGUCUGGUUAUUCAAUAUUAUUAUGAUUCCCAAAAUUGUUCUCUUUCCUCACUAUGAAGAAGGACAUAUUCCUGGCAUAUUAAUAAUAAUAUUCUAUGGCAUUUCCAUAUUUUGCCUGGUUGCCUUAGUGAGGGCCUCAAUAACUGAUCCUGGAAGACUCCCUGAGAACCCAAAGAUUCCACAUGGAGAAAGGGAGUUCUGGGAGUUAUGUAACAAGUGUAAUCUGAUGAGACCUAAGCGUUCCCAUCACUGCAGCCGCUGUGGCCACUGUGUUAGGAGAAUGGAUCAUCACUGUCCAUGGAUUAACAAUUGUGUUGGUGAAGAUAACCAUUGGCUUUUUCUGCAGUUGUGUUUCUACACUGAACUUCUUACUUGUUACGCGUUGAUGUUUGCUUUCUGCCACUAUUACUACUUUCUUCCACUAAAAAAGCGCAACUUGGACCUCUUCAUUGUUAGACAUGAAUUGGCAAUCAUGAGACUAGCUUCCUUUACGGGCAUUGCUAUGUUGGUUGGAAUUACUGGACUCUUUUAUACUCAACUAAUUGGCAUAAUCACAGAUACAACAUCUAUUGAAAAGAUGUCAAACUGUUGUGAAGAAAUAUCGAGGCCCCGAAAGCCAUGGCAGCAGACCUUCUCAGAAGUUUUUGGCACUCGUUGGAAGAUCCUGUGGUUUAUUCCUUUCAGGCAGAGGCAACCACUGCGAGUUCCCUACCACUUUGCCAAUCACGUCUAAACAGAUGGAUGGUGGGCACAGAUGGGUCCUCCAUGCUGGAAAUGCGUUACAGGUUUUCUGAUAAUAGAACUAUGACAGUCUUCAAGUCAAUUAAAAUCCACCCACCAAUCUUAGGCAUCAUAAUGUGCCCCAUGCUUUAUUUUAAUAGUGAUCUUGAUCCUGUUGUGGGACUAAUACAAGAUCUAUAUUUAAGUUUUAAAGCAUGUUUACUUUCAAAUUAGGUUUCCACAGGGAUUUCUUUAAAUGCUUUUGUUAUUAAUAUCAAAAGGCAAUGAUUGGUUUAAAAGAAUUGUACAUGAUUUCUUUUAAAACUGACAAUAUUACAUAUUUUAAUUUAUGGGACAUUUUAAAUGUUUAUUUAAAUUUUUCACUCUAAGCAGUACUAACCAAAUCUGAAAUCAGUUCUUCAGGUUUUACAAAAGUAGAUACAUCUUACAUGUAAAUUUUCUCUUUCAAGUACAGUAUAAAAAAUACACUUCCUUUUAUAUGUGCUGCAGGAGUUUUUUAAAAUGCAGCUUAGGAUUGAAUUGACAACAAAACAAAAGGAGCAGUGUUUUCUUAGAAGUAGCUUUCUAACUUCUUCUCCUUUUUCUUCACCAAAACAAAGUAAAAUAAACACCAACUACCUACCCUGUUUAGACGGAAAGCUUAAUUAUUUUGUUCACAUUAGCUCUCCCAUUCCCUUCCUCUCUACUAUUGUGAUAAAUGGUGGUUGUUAAAAUAUUUGCUGCAAGGAGAAAUUUGUGAGCAGUGGGCACACAGUCCUACUUUACCCUAAGAUUUGGUGAGGGAAAAGGGCAGAGAAUUUGCAAUAAUUUCACAGGUACUUUUUCUAGUGCAGUUAUAUUAGGAUGCAUAUGUUUUUAAGAUGCUAGUAUAACUAGAUAUAAUAUAUAAUGUACAGUAUAAAGAGGAAUAUUGUGCUUUUGAAAAUACAUAUACUUUUAUUUACCUACUAAUAUAUCUAAAAUUGUACAAUGAAGGUUUAUAUUUAAUAUUGGCCAAUUGAUACUGAAAUUUUAUUUAUAGGGAGUUACUAAUAAAUGUAACCUUUGUCUAUCCAUAAUCAGUCAUCCAAAUUGAAAUUAAGUUGCAAUUGGCCAACUAUGACUUAAAUUACGACUUUUAUUAGUAGUGUUAGGAAAUGACUUUGAAAUAAAAAAGUUAAUGAUCUAUUCACUAGCCUUACACAAAUUAAAUUGCAAAUAGUGAUGAACUGUUGAAAAGCAUAGAAGUGUGUAUGAAAAGACAUGUAGCAUGCUUUGAAAAAAAUUCAGCUUUCAAUUUUUUUUCCAUUAGAAUACUGCAAAAUCCAUAUAUCUUUUAAAGUAUGUAUCAGUCUUUCCCUUGAAGAGAAGAUUGAAGGAGUUUACUGUUCUUGGAGCAUGUCAAUAUUUUCCUCUUAGUUUUGAUAGUAAGAAGUCAGACCUGGGAAAUCAUGAGAACAGAAGGUAACACUUGUCAGUCAAUUAAUUAUGCUCUUUCGGAAAUUGUAAAUAUCUUCUAAAAUAAUAGACUAAGCUCUUCUCAGCUAUAAUUACCAUGAUUUUUAUGUUCUGAUUAGAAUGCUUUAUUUAAAAACUUAGAAGUGGCAAAUGAAAAUAUUUAUUGGUGCUGAUAAGAUACAUAGUAAUUUAAUAUGAGAAAUAUAUUUAUAGAGCUUAAUAACAAAAUUGGUAGUUUGUAUAAGGCAAAUUGGUUGGGUUUUGUGUAAGUUAAUUUAUUGACCAAAUUUGACCUGGUGUUAGAACUGUUAUAAUGAAGUAAUACAUAGAUAUUGUAGAUAGAUCAGUUGAAUGCCUCAUGCUGAAUAUAUCCAUUUCACAUGAGGACCUUGAGAAAAUAACAUUUAGUGUAGACCCCUUAAAGAGCUUUAUGACCAUAUUUAUAAUUCAUGUAAUAACAAUAGCUACUUUGAAAGGUACUGGAGGUAUUCAGUACUAGCCUCUGCUUCAAUAAUGAGAACCAGUGAUGGUCACUUUCCCAUUCUGAGGAUUUUUUUUAGUUUUUCUUAGAUAUCACACUUGUAGGGCCCAUCCUCUUCCCUCCUUCUAUUUUCCUUCCUUGAUCCUGACCCCUAUGUAUUUACAGAAUCUCUAAGUUCCUUGAAUACAAACACUAGGCUGGGCAUGUAUUUAUUUUGUUUGAAUGGCAGAAAUGCUAUAUAUCAAUAUGCUUAUGUAAGAACCUAUAUUAAAGUGUUUCUAUCUAUGCUUAUCCAGUAACUUUCAGUAUUCCCAAGUUAGCACAACUAACUUGGUUUUGUAAUUCUUAAGAUAACUUGAGUUUCCAAGGGAGUAUGUAAACUCCAGUGUUCUCUCUGCGCCCUCUUUUGGCUGAUUGGUGUAAUUAUAGCAGCUCUAGAGAGUUACUGCCUCCUAAGUAAAUUGUAUAGUCAAAUCUUCACAUCAGAAGUACAAACUUAGGGGUUGUUUAUGUACAAAAAUGUAAAAUUUUAUGAAAAUUAAUGUGUUAUCAUCUACUAUGUCAGUGUCUAGUUCAUGCAAAUAUGAUUACUUUGCUUCACUUAUAUGUAUUUUCUUAUAUACUUUAUUAUCAGUUACAAAUUGAUAUAGGAUCAGGAUAAACAAAUGUAAACCAUUAAUUUUAUUUUAAGCCUUACUUUGACAAAUUAGGUCCUCAAAAUUAGAAAAGAUGCUACAAUAAAAUUAUAUAUUUAUAAUGAAACACAGGAAUUUAGUUACAAUGGCAAGCAAGUAUUUAAUGUGUUUUACUGUAUAUCUAAAACACAUUUAGCUUUCUUAAUCUCAGUUUGGAAUGAUUUUUAUCCUAUUAUUGCAUUAAAAUGAUAAGAAAUAAGAGGUAAAUAAUUCUUUCUAUACUUUUUUCUUUUUUUUUUUAACUUUUCUAGUCAGAGUUACAGCUAUAAGCUUUAUUAACCAAUUAAUUAUAUGUUCUGGAUAACUAUGAACAUAACCAAUGUUGUUGAGCAUUAGAAAUAAUUAUGAUUAGUGAGAUUGCUGAUCUUAUCUAUAUGUUAGGUGAUGUUUUUCUUCAUAAAUAUUCCAUUUCUUUUUAAGAAAAAUAUAUGCUAAAGGAUGUGUUACAUGAGAAAAGUAAUUUAUUAGACUUUUGGACAUGAAAGAUUCUUAACCUUAAUUAUGUUACAUGUCUUGAAUAGUUGCACAUGUUGUUCCUUUCUGCAAAGAAAAAUGUUUAUGAGCUAAAAUUUGUAGGUAAAACUAGUUCAGAAUCCCCAAACAGGGAGCAGUCAGUUGUAUUUUGUUACCAAGUCUUAACAGUUAAAUAAUCAGUGCUCUUCCGGCAUAAGAAAAUGCCGGAUUUUUUGUUGAAAGGUUGUAUUAAAAAUAUUUAUGCUUAAUAUAAGUUAUGGUUAUAUUUAAAUUGACAACCUUUAGACAGGAGGAGGCAUAGUUUGUUUUUAAUAGUAAUAGAAGUAAAGACAGUAAGCAUACACAUAGUUUAACCACUGAGUUAAAACUGUUCCCAACUAAUGAGUGAAUUUUUGCUAAUGCUUAGUGGUAUUUUUCUAUAAAGAUUAAGGGUUACAGCUAUUUUUUUAAUUAGACUUUUUCAAGUUGACUUCCAUUCUAGUAAUUAGUUGAAGUAAAUGUAACUAGUAUAUUUCACCCAAAAAGGUAUAUUAACUCUGAAUGUUAAAUACGAAUACUUAACUUUUGACAACACUUCUAUCCAAGAUGUAUGAAGUAAUUUAGAUUAUGGUCACAUAGUUUUACAUGUGUUUACAUAUGCUGGAUCACAGGAUACUUCAAGUGUUCUCACAUGUGUUGCUAUAAAAUUAUAGUCAGUCCAACCUAGGUUUACAGUGACAUUAAUAUUCAUCAAAAGAGCUGUUAGUUUCUCUCUGGACUUUUCUCUAGUCUCUGACUAUCUUUGCAUUUCAUAUAUGAAAAAAUUACCCAACACAAGUUCACUAACCUAUAGCUGCUUCCAUUACGCAAGUAUUUUACAUGAACUCUAAUAUAUGUAGAUAGAUCUUGAAUUUAUUUGGGAAACUUUACACUUAACAAACAUUAACUAGUUUAGGCGUAGGUUCAAGUAUUAGGUUUUGGUUUUUGUAACCCAGCUACUGUUGCUUUAAAAACUGUUAAGUAUUGGCUAGUGUACUUAGUAAGCCAUUUAGUAUGUUCUACUUGCUAGCAUUAUUAAUCAUAUAACUAACUAAUGAGUGAGUAUUCUAUUUAAUGUUCACAUUUUCUAUACUAGAAAUCACUCAUAAUUUUCCUAUAUAUAUCAUAAUUUGCAUUAUAUUCUGUCUUCUGCCAUUUUCAGUAGAAUUCUAGACUUUUCUGUUGUAGAAUUUGAGAAGGUAAUAGAGCCAACUUGUUUGAACUUUUCUGAACCAGUUGUUAAUUCUAGAAACCGAUAUUUAGCAUUUCUGCUGUCUUUAGAUAAUGGUUUUAACUGCAGGAAAAUGUUUGCUAUAUCUAUCCUUCUGUUAUAAUUGUUCAAUUUUUAAAAACAAAUUUUGCUGCAUAUUUGUUCUUUGGAUAUUGCAAUACUGCCUGCUAGUGCUAACUUGAAGACAUAACUAUCUUAUUUAAAAAUUUUAUGUUGUUGGUAUUGCCAAUGACUUUUUAUACUUUUAUUGUUAUUGUGUCUUAUUCUUUUUAUCCACAGUAGAGUGCAAGUACAAAAGAGUAGUGAGUAGCUAAAAUACUGGACAUAGAGAAUAGGUCGGGACCAUUAUUAAGAUGGAGAGAAUAUUAGAUCAAGUCUGAAUAAUCAAUAUCUCAGUAAUAAGGUUGAUUGGAUAGAGUUUCUGUGACAUUAGAAAACCGCCCUGCUGCGAUCAUUUCAGCCAUUAUCUCUUCUUGAUACCAUUUUAGUGUAAGAGUUGUUAGUACAUAAAUUAAUUUAUUCAAGGAAUUUAUAAUGCAAGUUUCUCAGCUGGCCAGAUACUUUUGAGAAGAUAUUCUGCAUUUUAAAUAUUAUAACUGUUGUGUAAGCUAACAUGAAGUGUUAAUGACUAAUGUGGAAGGUGCAGCUAGCUAUACAUUGUCAAGGAGGUAUGAAUAGGUUGCCUGAGUUUGAUUUAGAAGACUGAGACCUUAUUUUACCAAUCUACUAUUACAAAAAAAAAAAAAAAGUGGGG